GUGGAGGAGAAAUUGGCCAAGGUUUUGAGAUUAGCCCUCACUACCAUUGCUCAAGAAUAUGUUUGGACCCGAAUGAAUCGUAUCGAAUAAUGGAAAAAAAAAAAAAAAAAAAAAAACAGAUAUCAUGGAUGGGUAUCGAACCGGAGUUUAGAAUAUAGCCCAUUUUUUCUUGUAUUUUCUCCAGUUUGGUUUCGAGCAAGUAAAUUCCAAUUGGUUCUUCCUACUUUACAUCAUGCCGAUGCAGAAAGUAGUAGUUAUGCUCAUCGUCUUUAUGUCGGCGAUGGUAUCGUUACUUCUACUGUAUGCAACUCGGUCACCUAGAUCAGCGUCUUCAUCUAUGCAAUCCGAUAUGGAUGCUGUAGACAAUCUGCUGCACCAACCUGUCGAGGAAGCUAUACCGGCUUGUACAUGGAAUACCGCCACUCGUGAUAACCUCACAUUAUCAAAACAGCAAUGGGAGAAAUGCCUGGACGGGGGAUCAGAGCCGUCUGCUUAUCUCUCAAUUGUCAUUGUGACUCGGAUGGAUGACUAUGCUGGGAAUCAAUUCCACCGGUUUCAAAACUUUAUCAACAGUGCCUAUUUACUUGCUGAGCAUACAAAGGAGAACAUCGAGUUGUUGAUCAUAGAAUGGAAUCCUCCAGAAGGCACCCGGCGGGUUUAUGAUGUUUUGCGUUUUCGCCGCUCUAAUUAUCUCACCUACCGAAUUAUCGCGGUGCCAAAAGCACUGCACAACGUCAUUCCUAAUGUAGGAAAUGCCCCGUUGCACGAGUUUGAAGGCAAAAAUCUUGGCAUUCGUUUUGCCCGCGGAGAGUAUGUCGUUUGUACGAAUCAAGACGAUAUAUGGUCCCUCAAUUUCCACAAUGCAAUCAAGUCACAUUUCUUCCAGAAGGGAACCAUUUAUCUGCAGCAUCAGGACCGUCAUAAUAUACACGACGACUUGCCACCUUCCAUCGUGAGACUUCCAGUAUACCCAGACGAUGACACUUUGUACAAUGCCUGCGUACCUAAGCCGCAAGACUGGGGAAAUUUCAGAUCGGAUGGUCCUAUUGAAGUGAAUUUGGACAAUAUCUUGCAAGUCGCUGAUCAAGCUGGUGAUUUUACACUGGCUCAUAGAGACACAUGGAAGCACGUCAGAGGAUAUCGAGAGACAGGCGGAGUGGCAUGGUAUGUAUUGUACAACGUUAUCUGAUAAGGUUUUUGGUACUGACUCCGACGUUCAUUUUAUCUUUGCCACCAGGGUUGACAUUGAAUUUGUCUGUACAGCAGUAUGGACCCUCGAUCUAGAGGUACAAUACAUCAAAGACACGUUUGCCUGUCAUCAAGACCAUCCUAAUAUCUGGGAACAGACCCCAGAACGACAUACAAAUAAUACAAACAUAGAUAUGGGAGAGAUCAUGCGCAAGGAGAAGGUGUAUCUGAAUGACGAGGACAAAUGGGCAAUGCAACAAAUAGACAUUUGGCAAUAUGGAUUAGAUUGCCAUCAAUUUAAUGGAGGGCUUUGCUGGUAAUCAGAGCUGUUAUUUUCUAGUUGAUUUUUAAUUUCAUGUACAUACCAAUACACUGUUUUAUGCUUUACAGUUCAGUUAUUUAUUUUAUUUUUUGCGAGACAAAUACUUAAAAGAAAUAGUUUUGAUUUUUUUUAUAAUAA